GAUUCAGAUGCCGUAGGGGGCCAAAAUAACUGCUAUAAUCACGCCUAAUUCUUAGCUCCAUUGGUAACGAUCAUUGAAUCUAGAGUAACCAAGUUUCACUCGUUGAUUCCUCACAACAUGAAGUUUACCUUCAAGGCUUUCAAAGGCGACAAGGGCUCGUCACCCGACACUUCGAAUGAGAACCAGGAUAAGCAGCAGAAGCGUAGGGAGCAGGUUCGACGCGCGCAAAAGAAUCAUCGCGAUCGUAAAGAAAUAUACACGAAGCAAUUAGAAAGAGAAGUCGUUCAGCUUCGUUCCAAUGAGUCAAGGCUAUUUCAGGAAACUAAAAGCUUGUAUGCCGAGAUCAGUAUUCUGAAAGAUUUGUUAUCUCAGCAUGGAAUCCCAAUUCCUACUGGGACUAAGCAACAACUCAUGGGUAACCAAGCCGAAGCCUCAUCUCCUGCCUUUAUCUUCAAUCUCCCUACAAGGAGCGGAAAGAAUGAGCCGGAACGUAUUCAUAUUCAGAAGACUACAGCACCCAAUACCCAAGAUAAACCAAUCAGUGCUGGACCUUCUAGCGCUGGAAGUGCAUCGCACUCUGCCUACUCGUCCCCGCCAAAUCUGCCUGCAUUCCAAUAUCAUAUCACACCAAACGUUCAUGGUAGUGGGGCAAUCACGGCACAAAAUUCGUCCUCGUUCAACGUAACAAAUCCCGACAUCACGAGUAUUGGCAUAGAUUUUGUCCUAACACUUGAGAAUCCCUGUUUGGGACAUACAGAGGCUCCAGAAUCGGACGAACUCAAACCCACAGGCCAUGCUCUUACAGCAACCGCUACCCUGUUACACCAGUGCGCAGCAUCAACCCACAGCCGUGCAGGGUUAGACCGAACCUGGCAGGUAUCGGAAGCUGGAAUCGAGCGUCUUCUUGAAUUGGCUCGAAAUCUUCCUUUGGCCGAUGAAAUUACACCCGUGCAGGCAUGGGACUAUAUCCGACACCAUGAAAGAUUCAGCACUCUGCAGCUGUCCGAUUUGGAACGCUUGAAAACGAGCCUUCUGGCUUACAUCAAAUGCCAUGGAUAUGGUGCAGUCAUUGAUCUCAAUAUAUUUGAAAGCCUUGUGCUGGAAUCAUUUUCUUUAGGACGUGCUUAUUGAACAUUUGGAAGGCACUUAUUCGGUCUCUUGGUCGAUACUUCGUAAAUUGUAGAUAGAAAUUGAGCACUAUACGAAUGUUUA